AGUACAUUCCGGACAUCCGUCCAUCUCACUACAGUUCUCCAUCGACGCGCUCAGCUCAAAAUUCGAAAUCAUUUUUUCGAAUUUGAUUGGACUCUUUGAAGUUCUUCGUUUGGAGGGUUUUCCAUUGAAGAAUUUGGGGUGCUGGGCUGCGGCGGUGGCGUGCAGCGCAGUGACGAUCAGAAACUGUGUGUCUGCGGCCGGCAGGUUUUAUUUUUUCGACCCAAAACGCACGGAAAAGUCUCACUCGCUAUCCAGACGCGCACGCUCACGCACGCUGCUGUGCUCUUUUCUCUCUUCUUUUUUCUCUCCUUUUUCUCUCCUUUUUCCCCCCUCUCUUGUUUUAUUUUUCCUUCUCCUUUUUUUCAAAAACAACUAAAUGGUGAGACCGUGAUAUUAUUAUUCGUGUGGCCGCUGCUGCUUGUAUUCUUUCCGUUCGGUUCGUUCGUUCGUUCGUUCUCUGUGGUGCGCUGACAGUCGACAAAAACUCCGGUCGUCACACCGGCCUACUAGUGAAUUUGUGUGAAAAAUCUAUUCGACAUAUGAAAUAAAUUGAAAAAAUCAAAUAAAGUGUCCAAGUGUUAACAUAAAAAAAGUGCUCGGAUUUCGUUUUUUUUUUUCUUCAACGGAUCCUCGUUGAAAUAUUUCUGAAGAAAAAGAAAAAAUUCAACAAAAAUAAGAAGAGAGAAAUAAAAACAGGACCAACCGCAUCGUUAAACGAUCAUUUCCAUAUCCUCCAGGUGAUGGGGGUCAGGUGAUUCAAAGUGACAAAAGGUCUGCUGAACAGAAGAAGGUGCCAAGGUGUUGCGAUUGAUAGCCGAUUCAUUGAUUCAUUCAUUCAAGCAUUCAACCGAGGCGGAUGCAAAUAUGUCUACCAGCUGCACUUCGGCGGCAUUGGCGGCGACGACGUCGGGGUCCAGCGGUCUGGCACGCAACACCACCGGCGGCACUUGCGCCGCCAGCCUCUACGCCUCCAUUGAUCUUCAUUCAGACGAUGCGGAUUUGCGGAGUGGGGAGGAAGUGAGCUGCGAGGAGGAUAAGACGAUAGAAGAGACCAAGGAGUCGCCGAGUCAGCCGAGCUGCUCCAUGAUGACGCCAGUGUUACAUCAUGGAAUGAUGAUGUCAGCCAUGACGGCAGCGACUUCAUCGUCGUCGUCGUCUACUUCGCGACGCAACAAGCGCAAAAACUUCCAGCCGCGCAACAUCAGACCCAACGAGGAGGAGCAGGAGAAUAACGACACAAACAACAGCAGAGAAACAACAACCAACAACAACCCGGCCGCUGAUGCUGACGGAUCAGAUGAUCGUGACGAGUUGGCAAUGCCGUCCGACGGGCCGGCCGCUUGUUGUUCCAUUUCCGAAUCCAAGAUAACCACCAUCUCUUCCGGCCACCGGGAGAGGACGAGAAAAAGCAACAAGAAAUCAAGGGACGCCUACAGCAGCAGCGGCUGUGACGUUGCCGAUCAAUCGAAUCACGUCGCCGCAACGGAGAGUCGCAUCAGUCGAGUCACCAGCGACGACGAUGAAGACGAGUGCAGCAGCAGAAGCAGAAGCAGCAGCCGGAGCAGUCAUAGUCACAACGGCCUCAUCCGCCGGAACAGCAGCAGCAGCAGCAGUCAGGCCAGCAGCCACAACCGGAGCAACACGGCCGUCGAUCUGAGAUUGCGUCCAGCCUUCAACACGGAAGAAGAAGAAGAAGAAGAAGACGAGGAGGAAGAAGAAGAUGGAGAUGAAGUGAACAAUCAAAUGUCCGACGUGUCCAGCCUGGAAAUGAAGACGUGGAUGCUCUUCUGGCAGCAGCAGUCUCAGUCGUGCAACAGCAACGACGGAAAACCGUCUUUUCUUCUCCCGCCUUCCGUGUCGCAUCGGCAGCGGCUGUCCGAUCAGCAGGCCGACUCGGCCGCCAGUGAAACCACCCAGCACGCCGGGAGACGGCAAGUGUCCAGCAAUUAUGCGGAAACGACAAUGCGGGAACUACUCGGAAUUUACGGACUCCAACGCGGUGCUCCCGUCCCAGCAGUCGACUCUCCUUCAGGACACUAUUCGAACGUGCGCGCCGGUUCGCCUCCCGUCGGCUCCUGCCGCCCGGCAGCAGGAGCGGAAGGGCAGGUCAGGACGACCGACUCGGUUCAGGUCGGCACUUUGAGAACCUCGUCGACACCGUCCGUCCAGCAGCCACCCACUCCACCGCACACGCCUAAAACGACUGGCAACAACAACUCGACGACAACCGGUCAAACUGCUCCCAUGCCACUCGGCAGAACCAGCGAUUUGAACGGAGCCAACGAGCCUUCGCUGGCGGCCCUGCAAACGCACAUGCACUCCAUAUUGAGUCACGCCAAAUCGUCGACCUCCAGGCAAUCCAGGGGUUCCGACGAUUCUCCCAAUGCCGAUCAUCGUCACAUGUCGGCCAGUCAACAGAUGGGAGGAGGACCGUACCCGUUCAAAGCGGCCGCUUUCGCCAGUCUCGAUCUCCACGUCCAAGUGGCCAACGACGUCUCUUCUUCGUCAGCCAAAGGCAUUUACAACCAACAGGAACUCCAGCAACUGGCAGCAACUAUCGCAGAGGAGCGACAGAGCACCAAAGGAGCCGGUGGGAACGGAGGAGGCGGCAGCGGCGGAGCCGGGAGCAGCGGAAGCGGCAGCGGCAAAAGCAGCGCGCCCAUCGACUACAGCCGCUACGUCAAGCGCUUCGGCAGUGCGGCAGAGUGCGGCAGUCCCUACUGCAAAGAUCUCAACUACAGGGAACACUUCCACUGCCUGGACUGCCACCCGCGGGUGUUUGUCAAGAAGGAGGAGAUGAUCCGCCACUUCAAGUGGCACAAGAAGCGAGACGAGUCGCUCCAGCACGGAUUCAUGCGCUACUCGCCCGGCGACGACUGCAACGACCGUUACCGCGGAUGCCCCCACAACCGCAAGCAGACCCACUACCACUGCGUCAUGAAUAACUGCGACAAGGUGUACAUUAGCACGUCGGACGUCCAGAUGCACGCCAACUACCACCGCAAAGACUCGGCCAUCAUCCAGGAAGGAUUCCAGCGCUUCCGGGCCACCGAGGACUGCGCCACCGCCCAUUGCGCCUUCAACGGCCAACGCACCACCCACUUCCACUGCCGGCGGCCGCCUUGCAACUACACCUUCAAGAACAAAGCCGACAUGGAGAAACACAAGAGUUACCACGUCAAAGACGAGCAGCUGGCCCGCGACGGCUUCAAAAAGUUCAUGAAGAACGAGGCCUGCCAACUGGACAGCUGCCGCUUCUCGCGCGUCUGCAAUCACAUCCACUGCAUCCGCGACGGAUGCACCUACGUCCUCCACUCCAGCGGACAGCUCUACUCCCACAAGCGCAAGCACGAGCGCCGAGACGCCGAACUGGCCUACCAAGAUGGCGCUUCGACCAGUAACAACAACCUGGCGGCCAUCACUAACACGGACUCGACGGGCAGCAACAGUCCCAACAUCAAUCCCUUGACGACCUUUUCGCCGUUGAAUUCCGGGCUGGCCGGACUGCCAUUGGGCGGCCCGGACGAGGCCCAGCAGCGGAGUCCGAUGGGCUUGUCGGCCGGCGAUCUGUCGCGGCUGAUCAGCGACCCGUCGUUGGCGGCCUUCCUCUACGGCCGCAUGCCGUCGCUGCUCAACCAGCUGGAGAUGGCCCAUCUCCAGCACCGGCAGCGGGCCGAACUGGAGCAGCGACUGCUGGCCAGCGCCGCCGAGGCCCAACAGUUGAAAAACAGCUUGGCGGCCAGCGCUCGCAGCCCGUCGCCCGUCAUGAGCGAGGAAGACGCUUUCCGGCUCUGCCUUGCCAAAAUCGACAGCGGCAAACCCUGCCAGCCGGACUGCCAAAUCUAUCCGCACGAGCACUACCACUGCCGGUCGGACGGAUGCGCCUUAUCCUUCAAGUCGACUGAGGCGGCCAAGGAGCACUGGCGCAAUCACGAGCAGCAGGAGCAAAUCACCGACAAUUAUUACAUCAGUGUCGAAGUCAACGAGCAGCCCAAUCCUUGCCCGUCCAGCUGCCCGUAUCAGACCAAGCAGAGGCACUACCACUGCUGCUGGGACGGUUGCGCCGAGAUCAUCCUGUCGACGGACAAAGCCUUCCGGCGGCUGGAUCACUACAAGAUGCACGAGUACUCGAGACGCGGGCAGCAACCAGCAGCGCCGCCGUCGGCCCCGUCACCUGUCGUCCCUCUGUCCGGCCUGGCUCAUCAAUCGUCAGCAUUUGCCGGCGGUCACGGCAGCAGCAAAGAAAUCACUUUCACGACGGGCAGUCCGUCUUCCACCAGCUUCUCGUUGGACAGCAUGUUCCGGCGGAAGCGAGGACGUCCUCCCAAGAACAGGGUCAUCGAAGUCUGGAACGAAUCCUCGCCGAUGAAUUCCGGAUCAGGUCAGCCGGACACGCCGCAAGCCAUUUUCACCAGUUUCAAAUUGCCAAAGCCGACGACGCCGCCUCUAGUGCCUUAUUCGCCACUCGGUUCGGGACUGUACGGGCCGCCACCUUACGCUCUGACGGGUCCGUCUCACUCGGCCUCGUCUAGCCGGUCCAACAGCAGCGACUGGAAGAGCCAGCGGACGCUGUCGCCCAGCCCAGAGCGUCCGGAAGGCAAACAGACCCGGAAGGGGAUCUUCGGCGUCGACAGAUGCGUCCAGAAGUUGAAUGUUUCACCGUCGUCAAUGGCGACGGCCCUGCCAGCGCCGCUCCGCUCGCCGGAAUCGCCAACCAAGUCGAUGACGGUGGUCAAAGCUGCCGGCACUUUUUACCCGUCGCCCGCUUUCCCCUCCAAGAGCGACGGCGCCCGUCUCAAUCCGCCUCUUCCGUGCCAACCGGCGGCCCUGCCGGCCUCGUCUUCCUCCAACCAGCGGCCGGUUUCUUCACCGACGCCGCUGGCGGUGAUGCAGAGCUCCUCCUUGUCCAGUUCCUCUCUGUCUCCUUCGUCUUCGUCGUCUUCCGUCUCGCCGUCGCCUUUCGCCUCGUCGUCGCCCAACCCGGCGGUUUCCGUUCCGGCCUCUUCCGCCAACACCACCGCCCCGAUGCUGGCCAUCGCCUCCGAGAAGCCCAUGGCCUACGGGCCGGACCAGUCGUGCGGUAGGCCGUUUUGCAAACUCAAGCGCAGAGAACACUACCACUGCGUCGUCUGCAACCAGGCUUUUUCUGAAAUUGAAAAAUUGAAGCCGCACAUGUUGAAGCACUGCACGGGAGCGCUGAGUCCCACGUUGAGUCAAUGGGCCGGCAACGGCGGACACGGUUCCACCGGGCAACUCGAAACGGACAUCGCGGCGACGGCGGCGGCCGCGGUGGCCGCUUCCGGCGCCGACCGCAAUAUCAAGACUGAAGUCGUCAAAGACUUGAGCUCAAACAAGAAAGAAGAAGCGUCGCGAUUGGCCCAGUUCGGCGAUUCGGCCGCUUUGGGAGCCUCUUCGCUAUCGCAUCCGGAUGCCAAUUUGUGCGACUUGGCAUCCAGGUCAUCGGCAGCCCUGCACGCGCUCAGCUUCAUGUCGCCUUUGGGCGGCCACUACGGUCUCAUGCCGACUAACCAGCUCAAUAGCAGUCCGUCGUCUUUCCUUCCGUCCGGAAUCCAUCCACCCAUUUACACUGGAUCAGGUUUACUGUUGAAUCCGAAUCCGGUGGGCGCGUUUGGAAGGGCGGCCAGUCCUGGUAAAGCGGCGGGCGGCUCGAUCCAGGGCAAUAAAAGGCCGUCGUCGUCUCCGGUCGACCACCUGAUGCUCAGUCCGGAAGCGAAAAAGAUGCGCUUCCAGAGCAGCAUGCGACUCCUCAAAGACGAACCCGUUCCCGAUGGUUACGUCCGUUUCAGAUUCAACGAAGAUUGCCAAUACUCACAGUGCGGUUAUCGGGAACACCAGACCCACUUCCACUGUAUGCGUCCUGAUUGCGGUUACAGUUUCUGCGACAAGACUCGAUUCGUACAACAUACUGCCCGUCACGAAAGACUGGACACGCUGAUGGGAGGUGAUUUCCAGCAGUAUCGCGCUAACGUAGCCUGCGGCCGUCCGGGUUGUCUCUACACCGCCAGUCUCGGUACGGUGCAGAAUAAAGCGUCGCACUUUCACUGUCUCAAGUGCGACUUUGUGUGCACGGACACGAACAAAGUGGUGGCCCACCGGCGGCAGCACCAGAAAACCGACUCGAUCCUGGCCGCCGGAUUCGAGAAGUUCACGCCGUCGCAGAACUGCCGCGUCGACGGCUGCCCGCACUCCAACAAGCAGACACACUACCACUGCCUCAAGUGCUGCUUCGCCGUUCUCGGCCUGGCCCAAAUGUCCGCUCACAAGUACCGCCACCUCGAGUCGACGACCGCCUCGUGAGUGGUUUGCACUUGCAGUUGCUGUUGCUGUGCUCACCAUUCGGAUUGGCAAUUUGAUAUGCCAUGGUCCGAUAUUCGUCGAUCCGGCCUCGGCUGCUGCUGAUGCUGCGGUUUCUUUCAGUCGAAAUGAUUUUGGUCGACGAAACAAUUGCCAAACGGUAUCCUAAACAGUAUCUAAUAUUUUUAAGGUUCCCUCGAUAUGACGUAAGAGAGCAUUUCCACAGUAUAGACCAGACAUAUUGUACGUGUCACGAAGAAUGCCAUUUUUCAAAGUUUACGUAAAUUUCUAGUUUAUAUCGUCUCUUAAUUUGAUUGACGCCAUCACCGCGCGUCGCUUGUCAUCCAAUUUUUGUAUCCAAUUUCAAAUCUCAUUCGGGAUUCGCUCCAAAAAACACAAAACCACUCGAAUAUUUUUAAGUCUCUUUUUUUUUCUGUUUGUUUGUUGGGUUUAGUCCUUUUUUUUAAGUUUCGCCAGAAACAAAAGCAAAAAAAAAAAAACCGUUUAUAUAAUAUUAUCCCAUAAGUAUCUGGUCGUGGACAUUGAAUGGCGAUAAAAGACUCGCAGCUAAAUAUAAUGGCUGUAUACAUUAAAUAGUAACCCGCUUCAAUGGCGAAAAUUGGAAACAGGAGGGAAAUAGCGAACACACAAAAAAGAAUUGCGAGAAAAGAGCCUGUUGAUAGAACAAACAAAGUUGUCGAUGACGAUAAAUGUGCGGAAUGUGAUUCCCCCCUCCAGUCGUGGUUUAUAUUAGACGCGAUCCGGCUUUUUCUUUCUUAUCGAUUUCUAUACAGUAUAUCUACUUUGAAAAUUUGCCUCUGAAAUACGCUUCUUUUAAACAAGCUAUAGGGAAGAACAAAACUGUGACGGGACGGACAGUUCAACAAAUUGCGGUGAAACCGUUCGAUAGAUCACCAAGCUUUUUUAUUUACAUAGAUGCUGUGGGUGGACUCGAAAAUGAUGAAAUGUAGAUCAAAAUAGUCUUUCAUGAGUUAUAUUAUAUAACUCAUCGGCAAGUUAAAUGGUAUAUAUGUAUACCACCGCCAAACAGGAUUUUUUAUCUUUUUUUUAUUUUCAGACUAAUCUUUUUUGGCCACAUCAAUGUCCACACAUUUUUUUAAAAUUCUGAUACAACAUAUUUAUUUAUUUUUCAUUAUUUUUCAACAAUUUUCCUAAGAAAAGGGAUAUUCAUACUCAAGUGCCAUAAUGACGUAGACACAAGAAACGAUAAGAUCUUAACUAGCCAAUUUUUAUAAAGUUGAAAUGUGCCAGUAAAUGCGCAAUGGUACCCGCUCCCCCCUCUUCAGCACGCAGUUAUUUUUGAAAAAAAAAAUUCAGUAAUCGAUUAUUAUUUCCCUUGUUUUUUUUUUUCGCCAAAUGAAUGUGCCUGAUUGUAGCUAAAAUGAUAUGUUCGACUUUGCGGAAAGUUGUGAUCCUUUUUUUUAAUUGAAUGUGAAUCGAGAAAAAAAAAACAGGUUGAUCUGUGCCAUCAUGAUACGUAGACCAGGCUCACUCUAUAUAAAUCGUAAAUUGUCAAACACACACGUAAACAAAACAAAAAUGCCCGGUGUCUUAAAAAAACAAAAAAAAAAAAAACAAAAAAAACUGGAAUAUCUAUUUUGUCUAGUUCUCAUCAGUUCAAACGUAAACGUCUCGAAAGAUCUAUUUUGAAAAUACGUGUCUUUUUUUCACCCCUGUUUUGUUUCGUUAUUAUUAAUUGCCAAAAAGAAAUAGGCCGCCACGCGCGCCUCUCUGAUUUGAUAUAUUCGUGUAUGUAUUUUCAAGUGCUUGUAUACCAAUCGCUUACAAGUUGAUGAAUGAUGAUCGCUGUAGUGUUGCGUGUAACGUGUAUUUAUCGGGGAAAAAACAAAAACAAUUCCCGAUAAGCUAAAAAGAGAAAAUUUGACGCCAUUUCAGAAUGGGCUUAAAAAUUGGGUCCCAAGAAUAGUGAAAAAACAUAAGAAAAUCAUUGGGCAUCACUGUAUAUCCUUUAUUACAACAGUAUCCCGGGACCAGACAAAUCGACUACCGUCGUGCCGUUUAACCCCCCCCCCCCCCCAAUCCCUUAUUGGAAACGUGUAAAACCAUAAUUGUCCUCAGCAGUAAAUGAUAUAUAUAGUUAAGUUGUGCGUGCCUUGAAAAAAGAAAAACAGAAAUCGAUUGCCUCGCACAAGUUGGAUAUUGCCACAGCAAUUGGUGUUCUCCUUUUACCCACCUUUUACUCCUUGCCGGAAUAUAGCCACGUUUCUGCGAAUUGGUUGUUUGUUUUUGUUUUUUUGUUUUUUUUUGUUAAAAAAGAAAGAAAAAGACGCGAAAAGACCAUUGUUUUUUUCUUCCUUUGAGAUGUGUCGCUACGUAAACAUUGCCUACUGUCCGAAGCUGAGCGUCGUCGUGAAAGUGCUUUUUGCGCGCACGUAUUUUCAUGUCAAAGCGAAAUACACGGCUUGAGCAUUUGUCUCAUUCAUUAUAUAA